AUGACAUCCUACGACACGGCCGUGGACAUCCUACAGCAGGCCGCCGCGGAGCUACGGCCGCCAAAUGAGCAGGAGGGGAACAACACCUGGGAAGAUGUAUCCCUCCUGGACGCCGUGGGCCGCGUGGCCGCCGCCGAUGUCCUCAGCCCGACAGCGACGCCUGAGUUCGACACGUCCGCCAUGGACGGCUACGCGGUCCGCUCGGAAUCCACAGCCCUCGCCUCCCCCGAGACGCCGCUGCUGCUGCGUGUCCGCGGGACCAUCGCCGCGGGCGACGAGCCCACGGUGCUGGGCGAGGACGUCUUCCAGAGAGACGCGGCGGAGCCGUGCCUGGAGAUCAUGACGGGCGGCAUCUUCCCCGUGGUCUCGGGCUCCAAGAGACAGUUCGAUGCGUGCUUGCGCGUCGAAGACACCGCCUUAGCGUCCGCCGGCGGUAGCAAUGACGACGCGGAACAGUUCAUCAUGAUCACGAAGCCCGUCCCGCGAGACGCGAACCGCAGACCCGCCGGCUGCGACAUCCGACCCGGGCAGCGCAUCGUCGAAAAGGGGGACGUCGUCGGCGCCUCGCACGUCAUGCCCUUGGCGUCGGUAGGGGUGUCCGGCGUCCGGGUCCUCAGGAAGCCGCGCGUCGCGGUGUGGUCGACGGGCAAAGAACUGGUCGCGGGGAGCGUCCCGGACGUCAACGGGCCGUUCCUAGUGGCCGCGCUCCGCGAGGCCGGCGCGGAGCCGUCGUUCCUCGGGACACUACCCGACCGCGAGGACGCCGUCAGGGAGGCGCUGCGGGAGACCGUCGACGGCGGCCGGUUCGACGUGGUCUUGACGACGGGCGGCGUCUCCGUCGGGAAGUUCGACUUUUUGGCCUCGUCCCUGGGCGGUCUCGGGGCCAGGACCCGCUUCCACGGCGUGGCCAUGAGGCCGGGACACCCGGUUCUCUUCGCCGAGGUCCCCGGCCCGUCCCGGAUCCUUCCCGUCUUCGGGCUCCCCGGGAACCCCGGGGCCGCGGCGGCCUGCUUCAGGUUCCUCGUAGUCCCGUUCCUCAGGUCAUGGUCUCACCAAGCCGCCGAGACGCCCGUCAUGGUGCGGUGUCUGGACGACCUUGUAACAAACGGCCACGGAGGGGGAGGGAGGAAAGCGGCGUCGCCGGGCAUCCCUCCCACGACAUCGUUUCGGCACGGGACCCUGAAGCAGCUUCCCGACGGAGACGUGGCGGUUGAGCUCAGCAAGCAGCAGAGCCCCGCGAAACUCGGGCCGUUCAUCGUCGCCAACUGCUGGGUCCGGACCGGGGGUCACUCACGGGGGACGCGGCCCGAGGCGGCCCGCGUCCCCUGCUAUCCCAUGACGAGUCGCGCAACAUUCUGA